AUGUCGUCGUGUGAGUCUUUGUACCGCGGGAUGAGCUACCUGCAGAAGCAAAGUGACAUUGCCACACCCACCAAGGUGAAGGUCGAGAAGGCUGAAAUGCCUGAUGAUGAUGAUCGGUUCUUGGGCCUCUCGCCCGAGCCGGCUGAGCUGUGGAAGAGUUUGGGCGACACGCCUGAUUCGAAAGCUCUGAAGGAAGAGUACCUUCGUACACAGGGAGCACUGAAGCGCGGUUCUGUGGCUGAUCCAGAUUUGUGCUCCAGUUUCUCCAGUGGGAGUUGUGGUGGAAGCACUACAACCGAAACGACGCAGAUUCUGCCGGGCGGACGCGUGGACCAUGCUGUGGAUGCUUCAAAGAAGCGUCCAAUCGAGGAUGAUGAGCAUGCUGGACAUAGCAAGAGGAUGAAGGAAGAACGUGCUUCCCUGGAGAAGUACAUAGAGGAGCAGAUGAGCAAGCUACGAGCACAAAUGCAACAGGAGCUGAUUCAGCAUCAGCAGGCCCUUGCGGAUGCAAGGACGCAACAUGAGAUGGCGCUUCAAGCCGAGCAGGAGAAGCAGGAACAGCAGCUGAUGGUGCAACGAGCCGAACAUGAGGCCAGCAUGCAGGAGGAGAAGGACCAUCACGAGCACAACCUUUGCUUGCUCAUCGAGCAAGCCUCAGCGGCCAAAGCGGAGGCCGAACGAGUCCCGAAUCCUGCACCCACGCCGAAAGAUGCCCUGUGUGCUCCACCCAAGCCAGAUGCUCAUGAUGUGAAAGCAAAGCUUCGUGCAAAAAUGGAAAGCCAAACGCCCGGGCCCCAGACAGGCCAGCAUGCUCUGCCAAAGCCCUCUGUGGCCGCCCCUGCCCCGGUGGCCGUUGCUACCCCCACUCAGCAGGCUCCGCCUCCGACCACCCCCCACACCCAGCAGGCUGUGCAGACCAACAGUCCUCCUGGCCAGACCCAGCUCGCUGUGCAGACCAGCAGUCCUCCUACCCAGACCCAGCUCGCUGUGCAGACCAUCAAUCCUGCUGCCCAGCCCCCCCUACAGGGGAUCGGUUCUGGACCGUUCAACUCCUCCACCCAUCCAGCUGCAUGGGGGGCUUUGUACCGGAUCUCGAAGGCACCGGAUUGCAUGCCAGAGAUCCGCCAAGCGUGGGAUGCAGGAGAAUUCCAGCGGCAGAACCUGCUCCGGGACUUCAUUGGCAGCUACUCCUGGAAAACCGAAGCUGAGAUGCGGAAGCCGCCUCUCGAAUGGGAGGACUUGUAUGACCCCAACAUCCGCAAGUUCCUGGUGUUGGUUCGUGAUGAUGUUGAAUCUGCAGAGGAGAAGCUGCAGGAGCUUCAGCAGGAAAUGGCGCAGAUGGGACUGCUGUCCAGUGACUUCGAGCUAGGAGACAUAAUGGAGGAGCUGGAGGGGGAGAGCACUACCGAUCAGCCCAAGCCCCCCGCGACCAAGAAGCGCUUGGCCGAGUACCCCGCGGUGGAGGGUGAGGAAACGAUCCAAGAGUACUUGGGCCAGUACAGACGCGCGGUUCUCUCCCGCAAAGCUCUCUUGAAGUGUGCACGUGAGCGGCUGGAGAAGGAUGGGGCAAAGGGCCAUGAGCCCCUGGCCUUUAUGCUUAUACUUGUUGCAUGCUUCACGCAAGCCUUGUGA